AUGUCGCCCGCAGUAGCGGAAGAAACACCCCCGGAUAGCGGCAGGCUGCUGCUGGUGUCGAAUCGCCUCCCCAUUACAAUCCGCCGGUCAGAGGGUGGCAAAUAUGAGUUCUCCAUGUCGUCUGGCGGCCUAGUGACGGGGCUGAGUGGACUAGCCAAAACGACGACCUUUCAGUGGUACGGCUGGCCCGGUCUGGAGGUUCCAGAAAACGAAGUCGACACGGUCAAGACGAGGCUGCGAGAGGAGUACGGGGCUGUGCCAGUGUUUAUCGACGACCAGCUGGCAGAUCGCCACUACAAUGGAUUCUCAAACUCUAUUCUAUGGCCACUUUUGCACUACCAUCCUGGUGAGAUUGUCUUUGACGAGGCAGCCUGGGACUCGUACAAGGAAGCAAACUCCCUGUUUGCCCAGACUAUUGCGCAAGAGGCGCGGGAUGGGGAUUUGGUAUGGAUACACGACUACCACUUGAUGCUGCUUCCUGAAAUGCUGCGCAUGCAACUGCAGGCCCUCGGGAAGAAGAAUAUCAAGAUUGGCUUCUUUUUGCAUACCCCGUUCCCAAGCAGUGAAAUCUACAGAGUGCUACCGGUUCGGACCGAUCUCCUCAAGGGACUGCUGUACUGUGAUCUUAUCGGAUUCCACACUUUUGACUACGCUCGCCAUUUUCUGAGUAGCUGUUCCCAUCUCUUAAACCUGGCCACGACACCUAAUAGCGUGCAGUUCGGCGGCCAAUCCGUGGCCGUCGGAGCAUUUCCUAUCGGAAUCGACCCGGAAAAGUUCCUCGAUGGUCUGAAAACCCCCAAAGUGCAAAGCCGCAUCGCCAGCCUCGAGGCCAAGUUCCAAGGCAUGAAGUUGAUGGUCAGCGUUGACCGGCUUGAUUACAUCAAGGGAAUCCCGCAGAAGCUGCACGCGUUUGAGGUGUUUCUUUCUAAUCACCCCGAGUGGGUUGGCAAGGUUGUUUUGGUGCAGGUUGCAGUGCCUAGUCGGCAAGAUGUCGAGGAGUAUCAGAAUCUGCGGGCCGUGGUGAAUGAACUGGUGGGGCGUAUCAACGGGCGAUUUGGCACGGUGGACUACAUGCCCAUCCAUUUCAUGCACAAGUCGGUCAAUUUCGACGAGCUGCUAGCGCUGUACGCCGUGUCUGACGCGUGCGUGGUGUCGUCGACACGGGACGGCAUGAACCUAGUCUCGUUCGAGUACAUUGCUAGCCAGCAGAAGCGGCAAGGUGUGCUGAUUCUGUCCGAGUUUGCCGGCGCGGCGCAGAGUCUGAAUGGGAGUCUGGUGGUGAAUCCGUGGAACACGGAGGACUUGGCCAAGGCGUACCACCAGGCGGUGUCUAUGGAGCCGGACCAGCGAGCGGUCAAGUACCAGAAGCUGUGGAAGUAUAUUUCCAAGUACACCAGUGCAUUCUGGGGACAGUCUUUUGUUGCCGAGCUGUCUCGCUGCUCGGCUCACGAGUAG